AUGGGUCGCCUUCACAGCAACGGAAAAGGCAUAUCAGCCUCAGCCAUCCCAUACUCAAGAAAUCCCCCGGCAUGGUUAAAAGCGACACCCGAACAGGUAGUUGAACAAAUUUGCAAACUUGCAAAGAAGGGUGCUACUCCCUCUCAGAUCGGUGUCGUUCUUAGAGACUCUCAUGGCGUUGCUCAAGUAAAAGUUGUCACUGGAAACAAGAUUCUUAGAAUUUUAAAAUCUAAUGGACUUGCCCCAGAAAUUCCAGAAGAUCUGUACAUGUUGAUCAAGAAGGCUGUCGCUGUACGGAAACAUCUCGAACGUAACCGAAAAGACAAAGACGGAAAAUUCCGCCUCAUUCUCAUUGAGUCCCGGAUUCAUCGUCUAUCUCGCUACUACAAAACUGUUGGUGUCCUCCCUCCAACCUGGAGGUAUGAAAGUGCCACUGCCAGUACUUUAGUUUCAUAG